AUGCAUCUGGCCUAAGGUCAAUUGGCUGCGGACAAGGCAGACAUGCAGGUGUUGAAGAACUAUGAUUUGAGCCGCCCCGCCGAGUGCGCAAUCGAAACUGCUGCUCUGCUAAAGGCCGAAUUCCCAUGGUCCCUGUCACACACGACGCAUCUCGUCGCGUUGUUGGCUUCAAACGCUGCAAUGGUAGGCUUUCCCGGACUCCAACCUUGUUCUAUUCUCGAAUCAUCCCUCCCGCGCCUUCGAUCAGCGUCCUUGAGACCUUUGCAGCCUGUUCACUUGGUUGCUUGUGGCUACGCAGUUCCACAUGCGACUCAUCAACGUGGAUAAUCUUUCUCUGAAGGAGUUCAACGAGGCCAACACUCCCGAAUAUGCCAUCCUAUCUCACACUUGGGUAGAUGGCCAGGAGGUUUCAUUCCAUGAGAUGCAGAGUCCAAACCGAAGUCGAGCCACGAAGCACAAAUCCGGGUUCAAAAAGAUCGAGAGGUGUGCCAACGAGGCCAAAGAUCACAAUCUCGCGUGGAUAUGGGUAGACACGUGCUGUAUCGACAAAAGCAGUUCUGCCGAGCUGAGCGAGGCCAUCAAUUCCAUGUACCACUAUUACCGCCAGGCCAGCGUGUGCUUUGCGUAUCUCGCCGAUGUAGAUCUUGAUUCGGACAGGCUGCGCCCAAGGCUUGUGUCACUGUCUUCGGGGCUUCAAUUAAGUGCAAACGCCGGCAGACAGCUGAUAGAAAAAAUCAGAGACAGCAAGUGGUUUACACGUGGAUGGACGUUGCAGGAGCUCAUUGCGCCGAAGAAUCUGUUCUUUUACUCCUCCAGUUGGAGAUUCCUCGGUGAAAAGAGAAUAGUGGCCAGAGAGCUCGCGGAGAUCACGCGUAUUCCCCCGCAUGUGCUGAAGAACGGCGAUGUAGCUUCGUGUAGCAUUGCUCAGAGGAUCUCCUGGGCGGCGACAAGGCAGACGACAAGAACAGAGGAUAUUGCUUACUGUUUGCUCGGAAUACUGGAGAUCAACAUGCCUCUUCUCUAUGGCGAAGGAGGCAAAGCAUUCAUACGUCUGCAGGAAGAGAUUAUUCGCAAUUCUACUGAUCAGAGCAUCCUUGCGUGGGAGUUUGAAGACAACCUUGACGAUCCGCUAUCUUACCUCACUGGCUGUCUGGCAGACUCCCCGAAGCGCUUUAAGAAUUGUGGUAGCAUAGUGGAAAAGAUAAAUCACGAAGACGAUGCCCGAAACCUGGCUUUUGCAGUGACGAAUCUUGGGCUCAACAUAAAUUUACCUAUCAACAUUCACCCUAACGGUGUCAUUAGUGCGGCGCUCAAUUGCCAGAGAACUGGGAGCGAUGGGAAGCAUGAACAAGUACGUAUCUUCAUGCGACAGUUGCGAAGAGGGUUACACGCCCGGAUUCCAACCCGAAAGGAUCUUCUUGUCGACAAAGAGUCCCUUCAACAAGCCGACAUUACCAUUAUACGCCGCACUUCCCCCUUUGCACCGAAAGUCGCCCACUUUAGCGAAGCGUACGCGCUCAUGUUGACUUCAAAGGAUAAUCAGAUGAAAAAGGUCUUCAUGGCGCCAGGUUUCGACCAGCGCAAAAACUUAGGAGUAGCGACCAGCAAAGGGCUCUACAGCCUCCGUCGCCCACCCCCACCGCCAAAGAAGGACACAAUCUUAGCGUUCAUUGUAGCUGGUGACUAUCGGACUGUCGGGCUAAUCAUUGGAAUCACGCCAGGCACGGAGAGGGACGUGUUAUGGUGUCAGUUCAUGGACAUGCAGAUGAUAGGAGAUGUAACAAGCCAGACGUCGCACGUCCGGAACGUCGUUGACCAGCCGUUAUCACCAUUGAUAGAGUUACCUAGAAACAACCGAGUAACAUGGGAGGCGGGGACGCGAUUUAAGAUGCCAACAGACAAUGAACCGCGCACAUUCAGCGGCCGACCUGGCAGUUUGACUUCAGAUGCUAGUAAACUGACAAUACAAUGCAGCCCUGAGGUAGUAGACGAUAGACUCGUGCUGCACAUUGACGUCGGAUGUCUCUGGUAAGCACUUUGUAUAGAACGGCGUCAAUGAUGGCGUUCGUGGUGGUUUUGGCCAAGUCGUUUGGAUUGAAUCUAUUACAAGACCGUACCAUAUCAUGCUAGCUGUGCC